CCUGAGUGCUCCACUGCCACUCGGCUCCACUGUUCUUGUUAAAAAUUGCCCAGAAAAUUCGAGACAGAAAAAAAAAGGGGGGGUCUAUGCGCGAUGCUCAUCCGGUUGAGACUUUCAGCCUCACUCCAUUGGAACAUGACCAUUGCGAGCUAUUCUAAUAAUAUGAUUGUUGCUCAGCAGGAGUCUCGUGGAACUUUUUCUUUGAAAAGUCCGCGAGACGCUUUCUUCAUCCCCGGCCAUGCUGGCUGAAUAAGUCUAGCAUACACACUCACUAUGGCGCGAGUUUUGUUUCAUAGAGAGAACCGCAUAGUCCCCUUGGGGAUUAUGAUCUUUGUCCUGUUCCUGUUCUUCUAUCAUCUGGACUUGGAACAUAACGACCCAGUGAUUGUUCACGGUCUUCCUGAUCUCCCACAGGAUCUAUCCUCCCGGCAAUCGCCGCUCAAGGAGGAGUCAAAGCAACAGCCACUGCCCUCUGCCCAGCCUUCUCCCUCCGCGGUCCCUGUUGCCCCUCUUACUCCUUCCUCCGAUGAGCAGGAACCGAGCACCCGUGCCCAGGAGAGGCCGAAACCCAAGCAAAAACCAAAAAAACAACCAAAACAAUAUGGCCAGUUGAGUCCAGAUGAUGUCGUGCUCCUCUUCAAAACCGGUGCCUCCGUGCUAUGGAGACGACUACCAAUUCACCUGUCCACCAGCUUCGAGCCCAGCCGUAUCCCCGCUGACAACGUCAUCAUCUACUCCGACUACCCCGAGACCAUCGGUUCAUGGCAAGUCAUCGACGUCCUGGAAAACUCCACCGAGACGGUACUGAAAACGGACAACUACGAACCAUACCGUCAGCAGCCCGACUAUGAAGCGCGACAGGUCUACGCAGAAAUGGCCAACGUAGAGGGCGACGGGAAUGGCCCCGCCGGUGGCUGGAAACUCGACAAAUACAAGUUCCUGCCCCUCAUCCAACACGCGGGCCGCGCAAAGCCGGACGCGAAGUGGUACAUUUACAUUGAAGACGAUGGAUACAUUUUCCUGCCCAACUUGCUCCUCCACUUGGAGAAGUUCUCGUGGCAGGAGCCGUGGUACUUCGGCGGUCUUGCCUGGAAACACGGCGAUUACUUCGCCCACGGUGGUGCGGGUUUCGUGCUCUCGCGGGGUGCGUGGGAGCAGAGCUUCGGCCUGGAAGAGGACAUGGUCACUAAAUAUGCCGAUUUUACGGAGGCCCAUGGCUGCGGUGACCACGUUCUGGGCCAUGUCAUGCAGGAUUAUGGUAUUAAUUUCGGCCAGAUCCAUGGCAAGUCGGAGUAUUCCUGGGGUUUCAACCCAGAGCCGCACUGGGGCGGUUGGUUCCGGCGCGCGAGCUGGUGCUAUCCUCUCUACAGCUGGCAUCAUACGCACAGUAAGGAUGUAGCGCGGCUCUACAAUUUCGAACAGAGCUGGGAUUUCGAAAAGAAGGGCCAGAUGAGGUACCGCGACUUCUUCAAGGCCAUGAUCGAGCCGUACAUGCGUCGUCGGGUAGAAUGGUGGGACAACCAAUCCUCCCGCUAUGAGCUUCGAUCGGACAAUGUCGCCGACGCGCAGCCUCCCGAGGGAGUGUCGAAGCAAAUCUGGCACGGUGCCUGGAAGUCGGUGGAUGCCUGUGAGGCUGCCUGUGUAGCUUGGGAGGGAUGCGUCCAGUGGACCUUCUACGAGGACCAGUGUCGCAUGGAUGAAAACUUCAUGCUUGGCAUGGGUAUCCCUGUCGGAGAUCUUCGUCGCCAGACGUCUUUGCCUAGAACUAGUGGAUGGUUGCCUCAGCGCGCGGAGAAAUGGGUCUGUGAUGCCUAGGUAUUUUACGUAUUUGAUCCCUAGUGCUUCGUAUAUAGUAAUGCAAGAUAUAUUUGGUAUGAAACAAGUUUGUCUUAGACACCAAGGCUAAUAUCUGUGAAUCUUAAUAUUAAAU